UGAAUUUAUGGAACAAACAGAAGAACAAACAGAACACAUAACAUAUCAGGGACAGGUAACCACACAAAUGACUGCGUACAUUGACCAGGAUAAGGAAAUUUCAGCAGAAACAAAAAGUACAGAAGAUGGAGAGAUCGAAGAAGGAUACGAAUUCUUGGAAGAUUUAUGA